AUGGCUGCUUCAUUCUAUGCAAUAGUUCUAUCCAUUUCCUUAAUAACAAUCUUUUUCUUCAAAGUGAACUCCAUAGAAACCAAAACCAAAACCACUUUCUUUUCCAUCCCCAAGUUUGUCUCAGACCAGCCAAAUCUAAUCUUGCAAGGCGAUGCCUAUACGAAAAAUAACAAGUUGAUACUGACCAAGGCAGUAGAGAACACUGUUGGCAGAGCUCUCUAUUCUGCACCAAUCCAUAUUUGGGAUAGCAAAACAAGCAACAUUGCUGAUUUUACAACAUCCUUCACUUUUCUCAUAGAUGCACCUAGAAAUGUCAGCAUUGCCGACGGAUUUACCUUCUUCAUCGCACCAGUGGAUACUAAGCCGCAAACAGGUGGUGGAUAUCUCGGAGUUUUCAAUAGCAUAGAGUAUGAUAAAACUAGUCAAACAGUUGUUGUUGAGUUUGACACGUUCUAUAAUAGUGCAUGGGAUCCAAGCGACGGAGACCGACACAUUGGAAUCGAUGUUAACAGUAUCAAAUCCAAAAGUACUAAGUCGUGGAUUUUGCAGAAUCGUGAACCGGCUAAAGUUGUGAUACAAUUUCGUGCUGCUACUAAUGUGUUAAAUGUUUAUUUGACUUAUCCUAAUUCAAUUAGUUAUACUCUUAGUGAAAUUGUGUCUUUGAAGGAUGUUGUUUCUGAGUGGUGA